AUGUACGGACGACCUCAUCCAGACCCUCCAUCGCAGCCUGAAUGGCGAGCGCCGCCGCGACGCACGGUAGGCCAGCAGUCAGAGGGACCUCUUCCUCCUCCACCACCUCGUCCGCAGACAACUGGCUCAUAUAGUCCAGCAACAUACGGCCCGAUCUCAAACUCCUCAGCGAAUGCAGGCACGUCGCCCGUGACGGGGUCUGGUGGGGAUCCGAGGACUUGGGGUGUGCGUUACAACCAACAACAGCAUCCGAUCUAUGCUCCGCCGCCUUUACCGCCUCGGCCGUCGAGUACCAACGAGCAACCUUACGCCUAUGCGCCGCAAACGCUGUCCCUAAACAACAGCAUCUCCCCUCCGCCGCCGACCCAUACCGUCGAAUCUUUUUCAAGUGCUCAGCCUCCGCCGGCUUCAUUCACCACCCCACCACCCUAUACAGAGUAUGUAGCUCCAGCUCCAGUGCCUGUUACUUCUCCCGUUCCGCCCCCGCCUCCAAAAAAACCGCAAGGAUACCAGCCAACCCCGCCGCCCGUUCAGCACCUCCCGGAACGGCCUCCGUUGCUCGCGCAAGGUGCAGGACCGGCGGCGACACAGGGCUCAUAUGGAUUUUCCGGGAAUAAUCCUAUCAAUACCAAUGCAGCACCAACCGGUCCCUCCGCUCUGGGACUAGGCACACCUUCCGAUUGGGAGCAUUUGGGCCCCACGCCGGGGGAAUUCGAUGAUGGCCCGUGGUUUCCACCCAGGAGGCCUCCACCUCCACCUCAGCCCGAAACCCCAACUUAUAGUCCAAAUCAAUUACAGAAUUCAAUCACAACUCCACCGGGAUACUCGACUGGAAUGCCAAAUCCCGUGGCAACCGUUCCAACACACGCACCCCUCCCGCCGCGGGUAGAUACAGCGCAGCCACCUCAGAUGCAGGGGUAUCAAGCGGAUCAGACACGGCAGAAUGAUUCGACGUCGCCUAUAAGCCCUGCAAGUACUCAGGGUGCUUCGCAGACUGGUUUCCCUACUCGGGUGGACAGCGUUAGUUCGGGAGUCUCUUCUUUCGGAGGUCGCGCCGACAGCAUAGACAAUGUUAUCGAUGCCUGGGUGAAGCCUUUGUCGCCUCCGUCCAAGCCAGUGCAACCGAAUCUCCCACCUCAGAUCCAUCGAGCCCCUCCAGUUGUGGCCGCUCCGCCGGCACAGAGCAGCCCGCCUCCUGCUCAGGAUUCGAUAUUGCCAUCAAGUCCUGCGCCGGUACCUGCUCCACCGGAAGUGGCGCGACCAAGUACCGUAGCUCCUAGAGAACCAGAUCCGUACGAGGAUCUCGACCCGUGGUUCAAGUCUUCUUUGACGCGUUACAUCGCGAUGCUACGAAAAGAGGCAGUGGCCGACUCGGACGAAGAGCGCUACAAGAUCUUCACUGCCUUCACGGCCAAGGAGACCAAGCUUCGUGAGAUUCUUUAUAACAUCGAACAUGAUUCACAAGCUGCUCAUCUAGGCCCUCGUAUCUCUGAGAUUCCCCCAAAACGGUCUUCCUCUGUCUCGGACAAUGGCAAGCCAGCAGUUGAAACUGGGUUGAUCCCUGUGGAAUUUGAAGAGGUUCAGUCUCCAACUACAACAAAUACAGAUGACGGAAACGACGUCGACGAUACAGCCAGCGAAUAUAGUGCGGGAGGUCGACCUCUUCUCGCCAAACGAGCACGCCAAGCCUCUCAAUGGACACCCAAGCUUUCAGCCCUUCCGUCGGAUGAGGUUCCUACCGAACGUCUUAUAAGGACUCCUUCAAGGCAGUUCUCGAUAGAUGAAGCCCUUCAAAAGCAGACAGUUGAGCCGCUCACGACGAAUCCCCCGCGACCGAUCUAUACCCCCUUCCAGUACACCGAAGGUCCCCAGCGUGGCUCAGACAACCUAACUUUUGAUCGCCCGGCAUAUCAAGCCUACUCUGAGCUUCGGCAAGCUUCUGCCGUGAGCGGGCGAAUCAUGUCAAAUGUUCCUCCACCUACACUUCGAUCAAGGUCCGACACUCUUCCAACAUCUCCGGCUACCGAUGAACAUAGUGAGACCUUUCUAGGCCUCAUUCGUGAUAAGAGCAGCGCCUACCAAACAUCAGACCGCCGGGCAACCAUCACAGCCCCGAUGCUUCCAGCGCCUCUUCAGCAAGGGCGACGAUCUGAUGAUUUGGUUGAAGAUAUUCGUGCCAUGAUUUUGACUCCCAUGGACAAACAAUCUGAAAGUUCGUGGCAUAUCACGACUCGAAAAGAGCUGGAAUCAUUCUCAGAUGACUUUUCGUACAUUCAAGAAAGAGUCGAUAAAUGGGAGAGUUCUGCACAAGAACGCCGGUCUAAACUAGAUCGAGAACGCAACUCUCGCCAGGAGGAGUCUGAGGCUCAGAUCGAUGAUCUCUUUAAUGGCAAGGAGAUUGGGUAUGCUGAUAUCAACACACUAGAAGAGGAUUUCCGCCAAAGUGAAGCCCGUAUUCAGCUAGAUGAGGAGCGAGAAGAGGUCAAUGAUUUCAUCGAGCAAGUCUUCAACCCUCUUGAUGAGCGACUAAAGAAGGAAAUUUCGGCACUUCGCAAGUCCUACGACUCCGCAUUCAAUCAACUGGAUCGAUAUCAAAAGGGGAAGAGCUCGCCAGUCGAGCAAUGCAGCCCAUCGGUGACCAUGAACCUGGUCAAUGAAAUUCACAGCAAGCUCGAGAUUCGUUUCCAGAAAAGGCUCGAUAUUGCCCUGGACUGUGAGCGUCGUCGCAAAAAGGCCGAGCGCCGGCCCCUCGUAUUCAUGGGAGACAUGGCUAGCCUUCGUAAGCUGGACGGGGACUUUGACCGUAUGGAGAAGCGGAACAUUCUGGAGGCGGCCAAGGAUCGCGACGACCGAGCCAAUCGGCUGAUGGACUCGUUCGAUGACGCGAUCCUACACGGGCUAGGUAUGAAUCAGAGCCUCCUGGACGAGCUUGCGACCAAAGCAGCCCGGCUAGACCCCACGAUCCUCCGUGCCUCCAAUCUCCCGGAUUCUGAAGUCGAACAGAUUCUCAAGUCCGUGGCGACGUUCGCGACGUCGCUUCACAAAGAUUCGGAGGCGAUUCUCCGGUGCUCCGCCGUUGCGGAAAUAGCCCUCAACGACGCCGACUACAACGUCUCCGUCGCCGAAGCGCGAUAUGCGAAUUCGGAACCGGAAAUCUUCCAGCGGCUUGAGAUGGAGAAGAAGAAAGAAGAUGCCAUUCUCCAAGCGGAUUUGGAAACCAAGCUGCAGAGCAUCCAAAAGGGCCCACAGGAGAUUGGGUCUACUGUUAAGCGCUUGCUUGAGGAUUUGAAGAAGACUCCUAAGCCGCAGACCCCAGCGACGGCUCCUACACCUGCUCCCGUACGGGUUUCAACCGAGUCUCCAAAGCCACUGGAAGCAAUUGAGCCCAAGCAGGCGGUCCCAGUGAAUCGGUCAGCUGAUAUGCUGCCAUUGGAACUUCGCCCUGCAACCAUCGCGCCCAGUCAGACUCCGACACCAGCUCCGACGAGCCUCCCUGUGGUAGACCCCGAGGCAGAACAUAAGGAGAGGCUGCGUAAAGCGCUGGAGGACGCCAAAAAGCGCAAUGCAGCCCGAGCCGAGCAAUAA